AUUCAAGGAGACUCUGCUGAAUCCAGAUGUGUGUCUAUGAAAAGUGAUGAAUCUAUGGAUCAACCACUUAAAUUCAGUUCCGGAGAUAUUUCUGCUAAACUGAGGAACAAACUGGAAAGACCAAUGUCAUCUGUUGGGAUGAAGCAGCUGGAUUUUAUUUUCAAGGAGCUUGAGCACAAAAUCAUCUCACUGAUGAAGAAUGAACUUAAGAGGUUCAAGACACUACUAAGCCCAGAUUACCUAGAAAGCCCUGAAAGAGAGGAGGAGGAUGAAAGUCAAAGUCAAGCCAAAAAAGGGGUUCUGAAGAUCACAAUGCACAUCCUGAGGAAGAUGAACCAGAACGACCUCGCUAACACACUACAGAACAAACUGAUCUCAGUAUUCCAACAAAAGCUAAAAUUCAGACUAAAACAGAAAUUUGAGAAAGUAAGUGAAGGAGCAUCAAGUCAAGGAAACUCGACUUUUGUGAAUGAGAUCUACACAGAGCUGUACAUUACAGAGGGAGGGAGUGAAGUACUCAAUAAUGAACAUGAGGUGAGACAGAUUGAGACAACAUCCAGAAGAUCAAAGACACAAGAAACACCAAUCAAAUGUAAUGACAUCUUUAAAGCUUUACCUGGACAAGACAAACACAUCAGAACUGUGCUGACUAAAGGAGUUGCUGGAAUUGGAAAAACCGUCUCUGUACAGAAGUUCAUUCUGGACUGGAGUGAAGGAAAAGCAAAUCAGGAUCUUCACUUCAUAUUUCCACUUCAAUUCAGAGAGCUUAACUUAAUGAAGGACAAGUACAUCAGUUUAAUUGAGCUUGUUUGCCAUGUUUUCCCAGAAAUGAAAGCGAAAACACAUUUUAAUGACUAUAAAGUCAUGUUCAUAUUUGAUGGUCUGGAUGAAUGUCGACUACAUCUGAAUUUCCAAAACAAUCAGAGUUUGUCGGAUAUAAGAGAAAGAGCUUCAGUGGAUGUGCUGUUGACAAACCUCAUCAAGGGGAAUCUGCUUCCUUCUGCUCUGAUCUGGAUAACAUCACGACCAGCAGCAGCCAAUCAGAUUCCGUCUGACUGUGUUGACCAGAUCACAGAUGUACGAGGAUUCAAUGAUCCUCAGAAGGAUGAGUAUUUCAUUAAGAGAAUAAAUGAUAAGAGUUUGGCCAACACAAUUAUCAAACACAUCAAAUCAUCCAGGAGUUUGUACAUCAUGUGUCACAUCCCAGUCUUCUGUUGGAUUACAGCCACUGUUCUAGAGAAGAUGUUGAGUGAAUCAGAGAGUCAAGCAGAGAUCCCCAAAACUCUCACUCAAAUGUUCACAUACUUCCUGAUCUUUCAGACCAAACUGAAGAGUCAGAAGUAUGAUGGGAAAUGUGAGGUAGAUCUUCAACAGGUUAGAAAGAGUCUUCUGUCACUGGGAAAACUGGCUUUUCAACAGCUGGAGAAAGGGAAUCUGAUCUUCUAUGAGGAGGAUCUGAGAGAGUGUGGCAUUGAUGUCAGAGAAGCUUCAGUGUACUCAGGAGUUUGUACUCAGAUCUUCGGAGAGGAGUUUGGACUGAACCUGGGAAAUGUUUACAGCUUUGUGCAUCUCAGCAUUCAGGAAUUUCUUGCAGCCGUAUACAAGUUUCUUUCCCUUGUUCAUAAUAAGGAACAUGAGUCUGUUAAUUAUUUAAAGAGUGAAGUGGACAAGGCCUUACAGAGUGAGAACGGACAUCUGGACCUUUUCCUGCGUUUUCUUCUGGGUCUUACAUUGGGGUCCAAUCAGAUUCUCCUGCAAGGUCUGCUGACAGAGACAAGAAGCAGAUCUCUCACAAAAAAGAAAGUGAAAAAGAAACUUGUCAACUACAUUAAAAUGAAAAUAAAGAAAAAUCACUCUCCAGAAAAAUCCAUUAAUCUGUUUUACUGUCUGAAUGAACUGAAUGAUCAUUCUCUAGUACAGGAGGUCCAAACAUAUGUUAACAAAACAGGUACCAGGCGUCUCUCUGGAGUUAAUCUCUCUCCCUCACAGUGGUCGGCUCUGGCGUUUGUGUUGCUGAACUCAGAAGAGUCACUGGAUGAGUUUAUACUGAAGAAAUUUGAUCCAUCAGAAGAGUGUCUUUUGAGAAUGAUGCCAGUUUUUAAAGAAUAUAGAAAAGUAAACCUUAGUUAUUGUAAUCUCACAAAGAUAAGCUGUUCAGCAAUGGCCUCAGUUCUCAGCUCAAACUCCUCAAGUCUGACAGAGCUAAACCUGAGUUACAAUGAUCUGCAGGAUUCAGGAGUGAAGCUUCUCUCUGAUGGACUGAAGAAUACAAACUGUAAAAUUGAAAUAUUACAGUUGGAAAAUUGCAAUGUUCUAGAUGAAGGUUUUGUUGCUUUGGCUUUAGCUUUGAGAUCAAACCCAUCACACCUGACUGAACUCAAUCUGAGCUAUAAUCAUCCAGGAGAUUCAGGGGUGAAGCUACUAUCUGAUCUCCUGAAGGAUCCACACUGUAAACUGAGGAAACUAGGGCUAAACAACUGCAGUAUUGGAGCUAAUGGUUGUGCUGUUCUGACUUCUGCUCUGAGAUCAAACCCAUCACACCUGACAGAACUCUAUCUGAACUUUAAUAAUCCAGGAGAUUUAGGAGUAAAUACGCUCUCUGAUCUACUUAAAGAUCCACAAUGUAAACUACAGAAACUGCAGAUAGCACAUUGUGGUAUUGAAGAUAAAGGUUUUGUUGCUUUGGCUUUAGCUCUGCAAUCAAACCCAUCACACCUGACAGAACUCAAUCUGAGUGAUAACGAACCAGAAGAUUCAGGACUAAAGCUUGUCUGUGGUCUACUGGAGAAUCCACACUGUAAAUUGCAGAAACUACAGCUGGAAAACUACAAUUUAAGUAUUAACAGUUGUGUUGCUUUGGCUUCAGCUCUAAGAUCAAACCUCUCACACCUGACAGAACUCAAUCUGAGCAGAAAUGAACCAGGAGAUUCAGGAGUGAAACUGAUCUCUGUUCUACUGAAGGAUCCACACUGUAAACUACAUAAACUAGAACUGGCAUGCUGCAAUAUUAGAGAUGAAGGUUUUGUUGCUUUGGCUUCAGCUCUGAGAUCAAACCCAUCAUACCUGACAGAUCUCAAUUUGAACUUUAAUAAACCAGGAGAUUCCGGAGUGAAGAUGCUUUCUGCUCUUCUGAAAGAUCCACAAUGCAAACUUGAAAAACUAGAGCUGGGAAACUGCAGUAUAACAGGGAAAGGUAUUGCUGCGUUGGCUUCAGCUCUAAGAUCAAACCCCUCACAUCUGAGAGAACUCAAUCUGAAUAACAGUACACCAGGAGAUUCAGGAUUAAAGCAGCUUUCAGGUUUCCUGAAACUUUCGCACUGCAAAUUGCAGAAACUACAACUGUCUGACUGCAAUAUUACAUAUAAAGGUUUUGUCACUCUGACUUCAGCUCUGAGAUCAAACCCAUCACACCUGAUAGAACUGAAUCUGAACUUUAAUAAACCAGGAGAUUUAGGAUUGAAGCUGCUCUCUGAUCUACUGAAAGAUCCACAAUAUAAACUACAAAAACUACAUAUUGGGAAUGAGCCCCUCCAAUCAUCUACCAAUUUUACUGGUGAACCCGAGAAGUGUCGUCAGUCAUGAGCAGAAAUAUUUCUUUGCUGCCACCUACUGGACCAAUGGGAUCACUGAACACAACAUACUGUUUGUUUGAUUAUCUGUGCACAUUUUAUAUAUCAUCAGAUCUUCAACAAAAAUCUAUGAAUGCAUAUCUCCUUUCACAUAAAUGUAUUUAUCAUGAAUUUAUUUUAUGCUUGCAUUUAUUUAAUGUAAUAUAGCCAGUGUCACUGUGCAAAAAAGUAUUACACUGACACAUUGUUCCCUUUAACAGCAGUAGCUGCAAACAAAUGCUUAGAGAUUUUGCCCAUGCAUGUAUGAUCUGCUUCUCCUCAGUGACCUUUGCAGGCUUUUGUUUAAUCACUUACAUUUCUUUAACUAUAGGGCAUUUUCCAAAACUUUUUUAUUUAUUAACCAUUCAUUGUCUGGUCUGAUUGGCCAUACAGGUUUCCAUAUUACUAGAUACAACUGUUUUUGGUCAUGGACCUGAGUGAAUGACAGACCUACCAUUAGCUUUAACACUGUUAACUCUUAUUUGCUAUUGAAUGUCUUUGUUAAAGAUUGUUUAUAGUGAUUUUAAAAUGUGUAUUAUGUGUAUAUGUAUAAAUUGUUACAAAUUGUUGAAAAAGUGUGCACUGUUAUUGCUGAGUAACUGAAAAAAUAUGGAAAACAUGCUCUGUAGUUUGAAAACAGCUGGUUGAUAAAAGCAGAAAAAGGUAAAGUUGUAUUAUUAAUUUGAAUUUGAGGACAAUGUUAAAUCAUUUCUGUACAUGGGGCAAAUAAGAUUCACAGCUUAAGCUGCAAUAAUGUAAAAUAUGUGAAAAGUUUUUUUAAUAAAAUGUAAAAAUACGUUAUUGACCUCUUAAAAGAUAUGCAGGUUUAUAAUAAACACUUCUGUUUCUAUCUGGUUAUGUAGAAAUGGGUUUAAGGGUUCAUUUUCAGUUCAAGUGCUUAAGGAAGCUGCAGACUGAACGAGCUUUUAAACUGCUUGACUCACAACUGUGCAUGUAGACAACUUAACACACUUACCAAUACUGUACCAUUGAAACAACAAUGAUCUGAUACAUGACUUAACAAAUGAUCAUAGAGGUGGACUUUCCCAUUUACACCUUGAUAUUAUCAUGACAAAAACAAUUCUGUGGUUCUGAUAGGCAACAAUUUGCAGUCAGUUGUUUUUAACAGGUGUAAAUCGUUGUUUAUCAAAACAAUGUAGUAAACUUAUAUGGCUGAAGCUAUACAAACAUGUGUUGUGUGUAUUUUCACAAUACAGAUAAGUCCUUAUGUGUCACAUAUUGUAAUUACAAAAGCAAUAACAGGCUGGUAAAGCUGUUAUCAAGCUCUGAUAUGCAGCCACAUACAGACAUGACCUAAAGCCACAUGAGGUAAUUGAAUUAUUUACAAAAAAACUGUAGUUUAUUGUAAACAAAGUAAAAUACAAAUAAUGUCAAUAAUGAAUGUAACAAAUAUCUGUGUUUUAUAAAACAGUGUUCUGCUUUGUUAGCACUGCCCUUGCAUAACAAUGAGCUGUUUGUUUUGUCUGGGUUUUGUGCUGUAGUGAGGGUGUGAUGUUUUUCCUGGACAUGUUCUAGAUGCCCCACAAAGCCACAUAGAUGUCCCCUUUACAAAACACUAGUGCCAUGUCUGGCCUCAGGGAAAAUAACAAAAAUAUGAAUAUAGCUUGAUUCCAUGAAAAUAAUGUUUAAAACCUUUUAUUGAGGAAAUAUUUCCUUAAACUUGUUAUCAGGUUUAGUUAAACUGUAUUGUAAUCUUCAACUGUAAGUAAGAGGAAGUUGAAUUAACCACAGAAAAGCUGUAUCCGUUCUGACAGCAGGCCGACAGCUUACAGAAGUAAGCAGAUUAGCCUUUAUUUUCUUGUUUUCUGUAUUUGGACACACCAGACGCACUUCUACACACAGAGCCUCACCUGACUCAUGAUCUGUGUGCCUUUACUCUUACUGGAUUAUCAUUAUAGCAGCAGUGAACGUCACACAUUCAUCCUCCACCCUCUGUGACCGAAAGGGUGUGGACACAUCAGACAUUCCUUGACUACAUGGCAGAUUUCU